CUUCAGUGGAGGCAGGAGGAACAGCAGACAGGUAAUGUGCAUUUAAUGACACUACAUAUGGACUGAACACUGGGGCAUGAUGGAAGAGAAUGAAGUGAAGUUAAAAAAAGCAGAAGUAGAAGAUCCAACAGCAGAAAUGGAGAGGAAGAAGAAAAGGAAGAGGGAUGUUUUUACAGCCCAACAGUCAGCCAGCUCCAGCUCCAGCUCCAGCUCCAGCUCCAGCUCCAGCUCCAGCUCCAGCAAAGCCUUAAGCAGUUUUCAGAUGAGUUCAGCUGAAUCUGCAGAUCCUGAAUGUGUCUCUUUGAAGUCUGACGCCUCCAUGUUCGAACCAGUUGGCUUUAAAGAUAAAUCAAAGAGUUUUCAGAUGAGUUCAGCUGACUCUGCAGAUCCUGAAUGUGUCUCUAUGAAGUCUGACGCCUCCAUGUUCGAACCAGUCGGCUUUAAGGCUGGCACAAAGAGUUUUCAGAUGAGUUCAGCUGACUCUGCAGAUCCUGAAUGUGUCUCUAUGAAGUCUGACGCCUCCAUGUUUGAACCAGUCGGCUUUAAGGCUGGCACAAAGAGUUUUCAGAUGAGUUCAGCUGACUCUGCAGAUCCUGAAUGUGUCUCUAUGCAGUCUGACGCCUCCAUGUUCGAACCAGUCGGCUUUAAGGCUGGCACAAAGAGACAGCUGAGUGCACAGGUGUCCAUCUGUUCAGUGUGUGGUCAGCCUGGUCUGGAUCCUGUCCCUUUACCCUGUGGACAUUCACCAUGGAAACAGUGUGUCACCUCAGAGGGAGACGACUGGGAUUUCCCAUCAGGUGACUGCUGUCCUGAGUGUGGAAAGAAAAGGAAAAGAGCAGCAGAACAGCAGACUGACACUGACAAGGACAGACGGCUCAGCCAACUGCGGAGCGUAAUAAAGGAACACAAAAAACAAAUGCAAAACAGAUUUCAAAUGACUUCUGAAGGUAAUGGCGACGAGCCAAGCCCUCUGAACAACAUCUACACACCACUGUACAUUACCACAGGAGAAAGCGAAGGUCCGUCUGAACAGCAUGAGUUCAGACACCUUGAACAUAAAUGGAAACGACAAAAAUCUGAAGAACUAAUUGUGAGAGUUGGUAACCUCUUCAUACCUUUUCCUAAGAAACCACAUAGAACAGUUUUGACAAAUGGAGUGGCAGGCAUUGGAAAGUCGUUUGCUGUGCACAAAUUCAUUCUUGACUGGGCAGAGGAAAAGGAAAACACAGAUAUUGAUUUUGUUUUCAUACUUCCGUUUCGAGAACUGAAUUUGAUUAAAAAUCAGAGAAGCUUCCUCCAGCUCUUGAGGGAAUUCCACCCUGCUCUUGGGGAUCUACAAGAAGAUUUGGAGAACACCAAAGUUAUUGUGAUCCUGGAUGGCCUUGAUGAAAGCAGAAGUCAGCUGGACUUUGAAAACGUGGAGAUAGUCAGGUCUGUUACUCAAGUAACAUCUGUGGGUAAUCUCAUUACAAACCUCAUCAAAGGGUACCUUCUCCGUUUGUCUCUGCUCUGGAUAACUUCCCGCCCAGCAUCAGCCUAUCAGAUCCCUUCAGAUUGUGUUGAUACGGUAACGGAGAUAAGAGGGUUCAAUGACUCACAAAAAGAAGAGUACUUCAGAAAGAGGUUUAGUAAUCAGUCAGAUCAGGUGGAUGCGAUCAUUUCACACAUCAGGUCUUCACAGAUCCUGGACAUCAUGUGCCAGAUCCCAAUCUUCUGCUGGAUUUGCGCUGUAUUAUUUGAAGAAAUCUUCAUAGAAGGUGGAAAGGCUGAAGUUCCUCAAACUAUGACAGAAAUGAUGGCACAGUUUGUGUUAGUCCAGACAAAACGCAGUAGCAGUAGGUAUAAAAAGAACCCAGAGAAGUUACUGAAGACACACAGAGAGUUUCUGCUCAAACUUGGCAAGCUUGCAUUCAUUCAUCUGCAGAACAACAAUCUGAUCUUCUACGAAGAAGACCUGAAAGAAUGUGGCAUUGACACCCAAGAAGCAACUGUUUACUCUGGAUUUUGGAACAGUGUUCUGAGGAAUGAAGACAUAUUCUCUCAAAGAAAGGUCUUCUACUUUGUGCACCUGACCAUACAGGAGUUCUUUGCAGCACUUUACGUCUAUGACUGUUUGACAAGCAGCAACACAAAAGACCUAAGCAGCUUCCUUGACCUGAAGCAGACAGAGCAUUCAUUGCUUGACCUUCUGAAGAUGACCAUAGACAAAGCACUGAGGAAGAAGAACGGCCACCUAGCUUACUUCCUACGAUUCCUCCUUGGCCUCAUGGUGGAAUUCAACAGGCGAAAUCUUCAGGGUCUGCUGAUAUCUCCAGACCCCAGCCCAGAUACCAUUAAAAAAAUCUUGACAUAUUUGAAGACCAUCCGAAGCAAGGACUUUUCUCCUGACAGCUGCAUCCAUCUCUUCCAAACCUUGGUUGAGAUGGGAGACAACAAGACCAAAGAAAUGAUCCAGGAGUAUCUAGAGUCAAAAGAUCGUCCAAGUACAGAGCUGACACCCCUGCACUGCUCUGCAUUGGCCUUCAUGGUACAGGUUUCAAAGAAUGACAUGGAUGUGUUGGACUUAAAGAGUUACAACACAACAGACGAGGGGAGGAGGAGACUGAUACCAGCGGUGAGGAGCACCAGAAAGGCCAUGCUUGAUGACUGUAAAGUGACUGCAGAGUGGUUAAACCAUCUGGCCUGUGCUCUCAAGUUCCCCUACUCACCUCUAAGAGAACUUGACCUGAGCAACAAUGAUCUGGAAGAUUCAGGAGUUCAGCUACUCUGCAACGGACUUUCAAGUCAGAGCUGCAGACUUAAGAUUCUGAGGUUGUCUGGUUGCCUGGUUACAGAAAAAGGCUGUGAUUCUCUGGUCUCUGCUCUACAGUCCAAUCCACACCACAUGACUGAGCUCGACCUGAGCUACAACGAUCCAGGAGACUCAGGAAAGGACAAACUUAAGAAGCUUGUGGACGAUUCUCACUACAAGCUCGUCAGACUCAACUGUGACUAUGGUGGAAAACAUCGAAUGAAACCAGGACUCAAGAAAUAUGCCUGUGAGCUGACCUUUGACCCCCGCACAGCACACAAGGACCUGUGUGUGUCCAAGGAUCAGAGAAAAGUCACCUGCAUGGAAAAGGACCAGCGCCAAGAACAGUCUGACCACUGGCCCCAGGUUCUGUGUAAACAAGGACUGAAUGAGCGUUGGUACUGGGAGAUGGAGGUGAUGGAGCCCUUUAACGUAGGGCUGAUGUACAGAGGGAGUGAAUGGAAGUUGGGUCAAAGUGAAAAGUCUUGGAGUUUGGUUUGUUCCAGUGAUGGCUGUUUUGCUUGUCACUCCAAUGAACGAGUCAGUGUGUCCUCCGUCUGUUCCCGCUCCAGUCGAGUAGCAGUGUACCUGGACUGGCCUGGGGGUACUCUGUCCUUUUACAGAGUUUUUUCGGACACUCGGGUCCUCCUCCAUACCUUCAGAGAGGCCUUCACUGAACACCUGUAUCCUGCUGUCGAACUGCAGGCCAAUGCCUCUGCUUUGUUUUGUUAGCUAACAUGAGGCGCUUUCAGACCAGAGGAACUUUACCCAGUAUUCUAAUAAUUAGACAAAAAAAAAAAAAAAAUAGUGAAUGACUUUUGUCUUUGUUAUGGACUGUAUCCAUUGGCUGAUUGGCCAGAUCAUGUGGAAUUGGGGCGGGACAAAG